CUCUGUUGUGAAAGGUCAGCUACACCUUUCCUCCUGCGUCUGACCAAGUUCUCUCUCCACAGCUGGGUCAGCUUUAUUUCAAAGAAAGGAGGACUUUGCUGCCCAUGCACAGGUCUCCAGGGACAGAUGGAGGUUGUGGGUUACUCGCUACGCAGGAUCUGGCUGCUUUUCUUGCUGUUCUGGCUGGGACAAGGGAGGCAGAUGGCUCCUCCAGGUUUUGUAGAGAGCAGUUGCCGCUCCAGGAUUUUUUGGAUGAAACUGAAUAAACUCUUGCUCCAGGGAAAGUUCUUCCAGCUCGAAAUCAAUGAUCCUUAUGUUGGCCCCAUUCUACUGGAUGAGAAACUAGCGUCUCGCUGUGGCUAUGUCCUCUCAGAAGACGUGUGGGGCAAUCCCGUCUUCCGCGCAUCAGUGCUUGGCUGUCAUGUGGCCAACGAGGCAGAUGAGCUGUUUUCACUGACUGUGAACAUCAAGGUCUCCUCAUUUUCAAGCAUGAGGGCAGCUGUGACCUACACCUACCCUAUGUACUGCUCCUACUCUGCCUGGGCUUCAAGAGAAAUUGUGUGUGAAGAAAACUACAUGGAGGUGUCAGUGAAGACCAAUGUCCCUGCAGUUUCAAAUGACUACACCGUAGCAUGGCUGUCUGCACUGCCAGAGACUCAAAAUGUUGCAUACCAGCUAUGGCAACUGAUGUUUGUUUCUCCAUCAGGGAGAAAGAGAAUAACGGUAAGCGAUGCAGCAAAGCUGGGCUACAGCUUCAAUAAUACGCUGUCCCGAGUGUACCUCCGUGCGCCCUAUCACAGCAACGAGUCCGACAUCAGUGUGGUCAGUGGUGUAAAUAUGAACAUGGUGACUUCCACUUCCAUGUACAGGCAGCGGUGGCUGCUCUUGCUGAUUGACACAACUGUCUCCUGUCCUGUUGAUGGCAUCAGUUUCACUGAUACUACACUAACAUGGACUGUGCCGAGUGUUAUCCCCACAUUAGUGGUUCAAGAAUCCACUUUUCUGUCUAAAAACAUCUUAAUGGGAGUCGAUGGCCGAGUCAUAGUAAACCCAGAGGAGGAGAACUACUUACUGGAGCACAACAAGACACACAUUGGAAUAACUAUCCCUAUUGGAGCAGAAGGAGGCAAGCUAAAGAGCUCCAUAUCUGGUGGUGUAUAUGGAGUCAUUUACAGUAUUGACUUGUUCUUGGAGCACACGUGGACAGAUGCAGAUUGGCAAAUGACAAAGUACACUGUCAUCAAAUCCAUCACCACACCUUUCAUGCCACAAAUACCAACUGUUAUCAACAAUACUCUGCCAGAGGAAAGGCUAUUUAAUGUUGCAUUUGGACACUUUCUUCCCGACGUCUCUCUGGUGGCAAUCGCAAUAGGAAAUGUGCCAUUUACCCUGAGAGAAGCACAGCACCACGGGUUUAAGAUUUAUGAAACUCCCUUUUCUAAUAGAACGAAAGGAUUUAUCCUGGAAGUCUCUUUUGAUAAUCUGUAUGUCCUAAAGGAGUAUGUGAAUAGAAAUGAAACAAAAUAUACCCUCCUCGUUAACUACACUCUAAGUGUGGGUCCAGAGAUGACACUCUAUUAUCAUUCUGCAGAGGUGGAGUGUGUGAUUGCUGAUAUCGAACUACCAGAAGCAGUUGGUUACUGUGAUGAAGAAAGCCUGUAUCUUGCCAUCCCAACCUAUGGCUUGCACCAGUAUUGGAACCUCUAUCUUGGUAACAAGCUCCUGACCCAGCACGUUGUGCUUACCAAUGGGUAUCUUGCAGCUACCAAUUCUACACACCUGAUCUUGCAAAUACCUCUGUUUGCCAUGGGAGUUAUCUAUGAGUUUGAAGGCGAUCACAUUAUUUACGAAAAUGAAAUCUCUUAUGAGAAAGAGACUCUUCCAGGACAGAGUAUAUCGAAAAUCACAAGAGAUCCAGACUACAGUACACAGAAGGAUAAGACAAGCCCUGAAUGUAGUUUCAAGAGUGUCCAAAGGUGCGAGGUUAACGGCAGUGAGUAUGUUGCAGAGUUCUGUCCUGUAGCUGCUGGCCCCAGG